AUGUCAAGAGACACUACUAAAAGUCCUGAAAUUAAUGAUGGUCGAGAAGAUGAAUCCAUUUGCACGCCAUACGACAAAGCACCAGCUGCAAGUACAUUGCAAUGUUUGCCACGAAAUUGCACAGCAAUCUGUGCAUCAAAAUAUAAAUUUCCCAAAGGUGAAACCAAAUUAACAAUUAAUUGCAUCGACAAUAAAUGGGUGAUGGAUAAUCCGAAGUACAAAACUUACAAAGAAAUUCCAGGAUGUGAACCAAUUUGCAGCCCUGCGUGUGCAAACAAAGGAAAAUGUGUCGCUCCUAACCGUUGUCAAUGCACCAGAGAUUGGCAGGGAAAGCAUUGCCGGGAAAGAGCAUGUCGUCAAUUUCCUCCUAUGACUCGAAAUGCUAAACGUUCAUGUAGACCUUCACAAUGCACCAUCAAUUGUAUGCCAGGAGGUUUCAAGUUCAAAACAUUAGCAACAAGGAUGAAUAUUCAAUGUAAAAAUGGAAAAUGGGUGUCAACAACGAAAAACUUGGCAUUAAAUUCUCAUUGUGAACCUUAUUGUGCAAAAAAAUGUCAAAAUGGGGGAAAGUGUGUGGCAUAUAAUAAAUGUGCAUGUCCCGAUGAUUUCAGAGGUGAUCAAUGUCAACAUGAAACUGAAAACUGUUCACCAAAGAAGAGCAAUUUUAAUGGAAGUUUCAAUUGUUCUGGUUCAGAGACAGUAAUGAGUUGUUCGUUGUCAUGUCCGGAAGGCGUUGACUUUGAUUUUCCGCCAAGUUCGGUUUAUAAAUGUAAAUUUGCUGAAGGAAAUUUUACUCCAUCACCGCUUCCCAAAUGCAUGUAUGGAGAAGGUGUAGAAGUUGUCGAGACAAGAAUUUCACCGGAAGAAACAAAACCUGAGAAGUUGACGCAUAUUCAACCUUCUUCAAGUUCAAGUUUAUGCAGUGAACAAUGUCAAAAUGGUGGAACUUGCAUUCAUCGUAACUUAUGUCAAUGUACUCAAGAAUUUGCUGGUCCCCAAUGUCAAUAUCCAGUCUCACGAUGUGCUCCAACAAAUAUCGGAUUUAAUGGUGCAUAUAGAUGUGCAGGAACUUCUGAUGACAUGACAUGCACAUUGAGUUGUCCUGAAGGAAUUCAAUUUGAAUCUCCACCAGCUGCUGCAUACAAAUGUGAAUUCGCCACGGGAGUGUUUACACCAUCAAAAGCUCCGAAAUGUGUUUACGGUGAAGGAGUUCAAGUUAUUCAAAGAAGUAAUUUCCAUGAUGAUAAUGUCGAAGAAGUGACAUGCAAUCCACCAUGUGAAAACGGAGGCUCGUGCGUAUUUCAUAACAUGUGUCAAUGUCCGAAGAACUUCCGAGGUCCACAUUGUCAAUAUUCAGUUGAUAGAUGUUCAAUCAAAAGCGCUGGUUUCAAUGGAGGUUUCAGAUGUUCUGGAUCUUCAACUGAAAUGAGUUGUACUUUGAGCUGUCCAGAAGGUGUUGAUUAUGAAUUUCCACCAGCACCGAGUUAUAAAUGCAAAUAUGAAACGGGAAAAUUUACACCAUCGCCGAUUCCAAAUUGUGUUUAUGGUGACGACGUUGAAAUCAUAAGAGUCAAACAUUAAACAUGUUCGAGUGUCCGAGCAAACUUAGAGAAUAUUUUUGUGAAAUUAAAAUGUUGAAAUUUAAUAAAACUUUUUUUGGGUAAUUUAAGAAUAAAAUUGUGACGC